GAAAAGGAAUGUUUGAUUUGAAACUAAUGUUAUAUCUCUAAUAAAUGCCAAACCAUGUAAAUACAAAAGAGAUGGCGCGAAAUUGGGUCGGGCGAUCGCUCCGCCGACGCCCCCACCAACCGCAGCGAUCUCCCGGCGCGCGGCGCCGUCGGAUCACUCCCUCUUGGCACCGCGACCGUUGGAUUGAGGAAUAUACGUGGCGGGAUGUACGGCGUCUCCCCGCUCCCAGGCGUUCGCCCCGAAGAAGAAGAAGAAGAAGAAGAGGGAUUCUUCGUUAGGUUCUAUAGAGAAAUUUGGAGCUUGUCCGGAAGAACAGUGGAAGAAGUAGAGAUCUAGCUCCGGGCAGCUUCUAGGAACCGCAGGAAUCGAAGGAUGAGAGUCUCGCGUAGGGCUUGGUCGCGGUAGCGGCAUCUGGAUCGAUAGGAGCAGCCAUGAAUUCCAGGUGUAGAGUGGGGGAUCACGACCGGCGGCGCGAUAGAGGGCAAGAACGCGAGAUUACGGCGAGGAAUCGCUUGUAGCAGGCCAAGGAUUCGAGGCGAGAGAUGCGUUACCAGCUGGGAAUGGAGCGCUCCAAGCUACUCACGCUCGGCAAGCCCUCUCCCGAGAAUCCAAUGGCGAUGCUCCCCGGGGCCGGCGGCGCGGGAGGAUCGAUCAAGCAGAACAUCCAGGACAUCGUGUGGUCGUUCAUGUUUGGGGCAGGAGAUGUGAGACUGAGGGCCGCCAGAGAGAUUCGCAGGCUCACCAAGACAUCGGCCAAGACGAGGGUCUACCUCGCGGCGGCGGGCGUGAUUCCGCCGCUGGUUCUGAUGCUCAAGUCCUCCUGCCACGAUUCCAGAGAGGCGGCGCUCCUGGCGCUCCUAAAUCUCGCCGUGGGGAAUGAGAGGAACAAGGUGAAGAUCGUCAAGUCGGGCGCGGUGGCGCCGCUGGUGGACCUCCUCCAGACCGGCUCCACGCUGCGCGAAUCCGCCGCCGCGGCGCUCUACACCCUCUCCGCCGCGCCGAGCAACAAGCCCGUCAUCGGCUCCUCUGGCGCCAUCCCGCUGCUGGUGGAGAUGCUCACCUCGGGCAGCGUCCAGGGCAAGGUGGACGCGGUCAUGGCGCUCUACAACCUGUCCACGCUCCAGGAGAAUCGCCCACCAAUCCUGGCCGCGCGCCCGGUGCCGCCGCUCCUCCUCCUCCUCAAUAGCUGCAAAAAAUCGGGCAACGUCGCGGACAAGGCCACCUCGCUGCUGGAAUCGCUGUCCGCCUUCGAGGACGCGCGGGCAUCCAUCGGCAAGGUGGAGGGUGGGAUCCUCACGCUGGUGGAGGUGCUCGAGGACGGAUCCAGCAAGAGCCGCGAGCACGCCGUGGGGACGCUGCUGGCGCUGUGCCAGAGCGAUCGAUCCAAGUACCGCGACGCGAUCCUGGACGAGGGGGCCAUCCCGGGGCUGCUGGAGCUCACGGUGCAGGGCACGCCGCGAGCGCAGCGGAUGGCUCACACGCUGCUGGAGCUCCUGCGCGAGUCGCCGGCGCGGAGCUCCAGUGCUGGCGGCGGCGGUGGCGGCGGUGGCGGCGGAGGAGGAGCGAUCGAUGGCAUGGAGUGCGAGGUUGGCGGCGGCGGCGGCGGUGGCGAGGAGGAGGAGGAGAUCACCGCGAGGAAGAUGCUGUCGGAGAUGGUCCAGCUGAGCAUGGAGCAGAGCAUGAGGCACUUGCAACAGAGGGCGCUCUUUUGCCGCGCCCCGUCCAGUGUCUCAUCGUCGGACGAUCCAUCCUCGUCUCCACAGCUCUCAUCGUCCGACUGAGUGUUUAGCUUUCCUUUUUUUUCUUUCUCCCUUAUCUUGCUGCGCCGCCUUUUUUCCUUUUCUGGCUCAUUUUCUUGGUCCGCCACCUUUGCUGUUAUAUGUACAGAAAAAAAAAGAGAUUUAAAACUUUAUUUCAAGGGCGAGAGGGAGAGAAAAAAGAAAGAAGCUUGACUUGCGCGCCUGGAUCGAUCGAUGGAGGGAGACCUCUUCUCCUGUGGCAUCUUUCUCUGAUUUCACGCGAUCCCUUACACCCCCCCAAACUGCCUUGUCUUGUUCCCCAUAUUAUAUUCUAUCUGUUGGGGCCGUCCUCUUGCGAGAAGAUGCUCUUCGCAAUGUAGAGAGGCGAGAGAUAUCAAUAUCGUCUAAUCUCCAUGGCUUUGCUUCUUUUUC